AACAAUAGGACCAAGACCUAGAAAGAGGAUCUGCAAGUGGUGCCUUGUGUCGAAAGUCUUCCCGACGAGAGGAGGUCGGGCGGCGCGUCCCGUGAAGUUAUAGCCACAGCGGUACAAGAUGAUUUGGCGGAUCAAAUGGUGUAGCCCAGCGAAGGAAAGAUCUGUGGUUCGAGCCUUGCGUUGAAAGUCUUCCCGACAGGAGGUCGGGCGGCGUGUCCCGCAAAGAGUGUGCGGCGGUGCAAGAUGAGGAAAGUUCUUAUCCUCUUUCCUCCGGUCCUUUCUUCCUGACAAAACUACAUUCCAAAAGAUCACUACCCAUGAGAAGCACAAUUCUUGCUUCUGUCACUCUCUUUUUUUCUCUCUUUUACCUUUCCACAGCUUUCGUCCCCCAAGAUAAUUACAUCAUCAACUGUGGAUCGGGAAGAGAUGCUAUAGUGGACAACCGAAACUUUCAUGGCGAUUCAGGCUUAACCCAAGGUAAAUCAAUUGCAGUGAAAACCCAGGUGAGCGCCAGUUCCAAUUUGUCUCUUCUUUACAGUACAGCUAGAGUUUUCACAGCUGUCUCUGCGCCAUAUUCAUUCAAAAUCAAGAAAUUAGGGACCCAUUUUGUGCGUUUGCAUUUCUCUCCAUUCAUUUCUGAGACCUAUGACCUGAAGAAUGCAAAUUUUAGUGUUUCUGCUAAUGAUGUUUUGCUGUUGAGGAAUUUCGGUGUCGGGUCUAAUGUGGUUAAGGAGUUCAUAUUGAUGGCUGACAAGGUAGAGCUUACAAUCUCGUUUGCCCCAACCCAUGAUUUUGGGUUUGGGUUUGUUAGUGCGAUUGAAGUGAUUUCGGCUCCGGACGAUCUCAUGGUUGAUCCGGGCAUUAAAUUGGUUAGUCCUAAUGGGAUUACGGAGUUCAAUCCGAAUGUCACCUUGCAGACCUUAGAGACUGUGUAUAGAAUUAAUGUUGGAGGGCCAAAAAUAACACCUUUCAAUGAUACCCUUUGGAGGACUUGGGUUCCGGAUGAAGAUUUUCUUGUCUUCAAGGCUGCAGCUAAACCUGCUUCGAUUAGUCAUGUGCCCAAUUACCAAAGAGGUGGUGCCACAAAAGAGAUUGCUCCUGAUAGUGUUUACAUGACUGCACAACAGAUGGAUUGGGAAGAAGCAACUACGAAUUUCAUGUUUAAUAUAUCAUGGGAUUUUCCCCUAUGGUCUAAGGAAACUAUGGUAGACUACUUUGUUCGGUUGCAUUUCUGUGAUAUUGUUAGUUCUGCUCCAAACCAGUUGUACUUCAACGUGUACAUCAAUGAAGUCAUGGUGUAUAAAGAUCUUGAUCUAUCUGCACUUACGUUCCACGUUCUUGCGUCACCAUAUUAUAUUGAUUUUGUGGUGAACCCUGGGAAUAGUGGGCUUUUACAAAUCAGUGUAGGUCCAUCUGAUCUUAGUAGUGUUUUGAAGAAGAAUGCUAUUCUGAAUGGAGUAGAGAUAAUGAAGAUGCUAGGCGUUGUCUCUCCGAAUGCUAAGAAGACGAAAAUAUGGGUUUUUGUUGUUCCCAUCAUUGGUGGGGUGGUAGCCUUGAUGAUAAUAAUUAUGGCAUUGCUCGCGAAAUGUAGGAAAAAGAAACCAAAGGCGAACCGGACAGAGAGUGCUGUGUGGACCCCACUAAGACAAUAUGGAGGAAGCUCUCCCGGUACGUUAUCGGAAGGGACGGGCCUUGUCCCCAUGGGCCCAAACGGAUUUUUCGGUCUGAGAAUUCAUUUUGCAGACAUACAAUUGGCCACAAGUAAUUUUGACAAGACUCUGAUCAUUGGUACUGGUGGGUUUGGCAUGGUUUACAAGGGAGUUCUUAGAGACAACAGAAAGGUUGCUGUUAAACGGUGUGUGCCUGGUUCCAAGCAAGGCCUCCCUGAGUUCCACACUGAAAUUUCGGUCCUUUCCAAAAUUCGGCACUGCCAUCUUGUCUCACUUGUUGGGUAUUGCGAAGAGCAGGCUGAAAUGAUUCUUGUGUACGAGUACGUGGAGAAUGGGGCUCUAAAGAAGCACUUGUACGGCAGUCAAUUGCCCCCACUUUCUUGGAAGCAGAGGCUGGAGAUAUGCAUAGGAGCUGCAAGAGGCCUCCACUACCUCCACACCGGUUUCUCCCAAGGGAUUAUCCACCGCGACAUCAAGUCAACAAACAUUCUGCUUGACCAAAAUUUUGUCGCAAAAGUUGCCGAUUUUGGCCUCUCGAGGUCUGGUCCGUGCCUUGAUGAGACCCAUGUUAGCACCGGUGUGAAAGGGAGUUUUGGUUACCUUGACCCAGAAUACUUUCGAAGACAGCAACUCACGGAUAAGUCAGAUGUUUAUUCGUUUGGGGUUGUGCUUUUUGAAGUUCUUUGCGCAAGACCCGCCGUGGACCCUCUGCUUGAGAGGGAGAAUGUGAAUUUGGGUGAAUGGGCAUUGCAGUGGCAGAGAAAGGGUCAGUUACAUGAGAUCAUAGACCCAAAACUUAGAGGUCAGGUAAAACCAAGUGCCCUAAAAGUAUUCGGUGACACAGCUGAGAAAUGCUUGGCAGAUUAUGGGGUUGACAGGCCAACAAUGGGGAGCGUGUUGUGGAACUUGGAAUACGUGCUUCAGCUUCAAGAGAAUGAACCUGAGGACGGCGAAGCCCGUCUCCCAAGUUCUGUAGGGUACCCUCCCUUGCCGCGUAGGGCUAUUUCCACUGCCAGCUCAGCAGAUAACUGUGAUGCUGUUUCGGACAUAUCAACCAGCCAAGUGUUUUCACAGCUGAUUACCCGUGAAGGUCGGUAGAGUUUGUUUUACCCUACACAAUUUCCAAUAAUCCUAUUUGAGGGCAAUCAAUCUCUUUAAUUAGGACUAGAGAAAUGUUCACCUGGUUCUAAAGCAGAACUUUUGUGGCAAUUUGUGACAUACAUUACGCAUAACCAGCAAAGUUCCAUUUUAACAAAUGGCCUUUUAAGAG